CGUUGUUCCUUUUAAACGUUCAGUCCUUCAGUCGUGUCGAGCGUAUGCCGUUGUUAACAUCCAUUUGUGACGUGACCGACGAGAAGGUUCAAGAACAGUCUUGAAGAAUAGAUUAAAAAUGGGUUUUUUCAUGUCAUACUUCGCCAUUCUGCUAAUAGGAACUGCUAGUGCAACGAUCAUAGAAGACAGUAAUCAUUGGCAUGACUUAUCAAAGAAGGAAUUGAAAGAAGCUCUGUCGUACAAAUGGAACACAAAGAGAGCAAAGAAUGUGAUCGUCUUCGUGGGUGAUGGCAUGAGUCCUGACACCAUAACCGCCAGCAGGAUUUACCGUGACGGCGAAACAAGUCAUCUGGCCUGGGAAAAAUUCCCACACAUAGGAAUUCUUAAGACGUACAACGUCAACAAACAAGUGCCAGACUCGGCGUCGACGGCAACAGCACUGUUCAGUGGCGUGAAAACGAAUUACGAAGUGGUUGGCGUUGACGCAAACGUAUCGCUGGGUAACUGCACCGCGAGCUUGGAUACCGACAAUCACGUGGAAUCGAUCGUAUCGUGGGCACAAGCAGCUGGUAAAGACACAGGAUUCGUAACAACUACAAGAGUCACUCACGCUACACCUGCGCCUUUGUACGCGCACAGUGCGGACAGGAGAUGGGAAUGCGAGGCGACAAUGCCAGAAAUUGCUAGUCCCUGUAAGGACAUCGCGAGGCAAUUAGUGGAGGAUACGCCAGGGAGUAAUAUUAAGGUAAUCAUGGGAGGUGGCAGGCAAGUAAUGAAGCAUAACGUAAUCGGUACAGAGUCCGACCCUAUAGACACGUGGGCUUGCAAAAGACGGGAUGGUCGAGAUUUAAUCGACGCAUGGUCACGAGACAAAACAUACAGGAAUCUGUCGUACAAGGUUGUACAAAAUAACGAGCAAUUGUCCCAGGUAGACCCGGCUAAGGUAGAUUGUCUCUUGGGUAUCUUUGCGAAUGGUCACUUAAACAUGGACUAUAACAGAGAUAAGGGUCCGAAAGGACAGCCAAGUCUUGAAAAUAUGACCGUUACAGCCUUGAAGAUCCUGCAGAAGUCGAAGAAGGGUUACCUCCUAGUGGUGGAAGGAGGUCUUAUCGACUAUGCUCACCAUCGCGGACAUGCCGCUCAGGCGUUAUUGGAAACCGUCAGGUUCUCGGAUGCCAUUAACGCGACUUUGAAGAUGAUCAACACCGACGAUACGCUGGUUAUCGUAACGAGUGAUCACACUCACUCGAUGAGCUUCAAUGGAUACAGCGAUCGAGGAUCAAAUAUUCUGGGCAUCGCUCAAAACUCAAAGUACGAUGGUAUCCCUUAUACCACGUUGACUUACAGCACCGGAGGACCCAACAACAUCGCGUACAAAAACAACAGUUCGGUUAGGAUAGACCCUUCUAAAGAAAAUACGACAUCUUUUACGUACAGUCAGCAAGCUGCGAUCAUAUCGGACGAGGCUUAUCACGGUGGCGGUGAUGUCGCUGUGUAUGCAAUAGGUCCGUUCGCUCACCUAUUUCACAGCGUACACGAACAGAACUACGUCGCUCGCGUUAUAGGAUACGCAGCGAACAUACAACCAGACGCGAACAGUGUUGGAAGAAUCGAUUGCAACAUUUUCAUCAACGUUUCCUUAUACUGCGGUCUGUUGCUUCUAAUUAUGCUCGACUGCUGGUAAAGAUAAUUAGAGCAACGUAGACGGUUAUUGGUAAUAAUAAAACGUUUCUGUGUAAGUAACAUAUAUUUAAAAAAAAAACCGACGUUACACAUGUAUUCUUAUCGUAUUUAAGUAAGGGAGACAGCAAGUGGUCGUGAAAAAUACACUCGGAUCCACUUCAUCACAGA